AGUAUAAAUAAAACACGGUGCUAUUUUCAACUCAAACAUAUUAAGAAGGGAUAGGGUGAUAAACAUUUCUUUUGUCCAGCAGCUUCGCCUAAAUAGUUUAUGGGAUGUCUUCUUUUUUAAUUACUGUUUUAAUCUCAUUGAAAAUUUUCAUCAGUGAUUCUGAAAUGACGUUACCGGGGGAGAUAACUCAUAGUAUUGCUGCACAGUUUUUGCAUCGGUACAAACGCAGUGAUCCCAGAUGCAAUACAGAUGAACGGUACUGUGAAUCUAAUUUAGCGAGCUGCAUGCAACACAACGAGAAUUCUAGAGAAUACUUCUGUGGACGGAACAACCCAUGCUCCUCUGGACAGACAUGUUACUUAUCAACCCCAUGCCCUGUCCAUUACAGGACUGGCUGUACUACAAAUGCAUGUUUUGGGCAACCCUGCCAAAAUGGAGGCACUUGUUCUUUGGCAUCGAAUGCUAAAGGCUACACUUGCAAUUGUAAUGCAGGUUAUGAUCAAGCUACCGACUGCCGAACCCAGAUAAAUUACUGUAACAGCAAUCCCUGUCAGAAUAGUGCUACGUGUAACCGUCGACUGAAUGGGUACACUUGCACUUGUCAGCCGGGAUUUAAGGGCGUUCACUGUCAAAACAAUAUUGAUGAAUGUGCCAGUUCACCUUGUGUCCAUGGAACCUGCGCUGAUCAUAUCAAUGGUUACACGUGUAGUUGUGAGCCUGGAUAUACUGGUGUUAAUUGUCAAAUUGACAUCAACGAAUGUCAGAGUUCCCCUUGUAUCUAUGGCAACUGUACUGAUCAUGUCAACAUGUACACCUGUGAAUGUUUUCUCGGAUAUACUGGAAUAAAUUGCGAAACAGAAAUAAAUGAGUGUAUCAGUUCUCCUUGUAUCCAUGGAACAUGCAUCGAUGAAAUAGCAAGAUACUCAUGUAGCUGUGACAUCUUGUUCAUUGGUGAUAAUUGUGAGAAGGUAAUUGCUUCAUACAUUGUAACAAUUGCCGUGGGAGCUUUAGGAAUCAUCGCAACUGCUGUAGGCUUAUUCGUCAUAUGGAGGAAAAAACAAAGUGAAAAAAAUUCCACUGUCCCUUUUCCGUUUGAGGAAACAAAACUUGGACAAACAAGAUCUCGAUUUCAGCGAAAUGUUGAAACGGUCCAUAAUAAUGAUCACAAUUCCCUUUGGUUUAUUGACGGGAAGUUGGGUCAAGGAAACAUGAAGUUUAAAAAUCAAAGUUAAUAGUGGUUCCCAAAUCAUUAUUAAAGAUGACUUAAAUUAUAAAGUGAAUUUUAUUAGUAACAUUCUUUAAGUACAAUCAAAUGUAUCUUCUCUGAAAUAAAUCACGAUUAUGAUAGCAUAAAUGCAUGAGCACGACCAAUUAAGGCGAAAGUAUUGUAAUGCAUGACUUAAACGUUUUGUUUAACUGUUAUUCAAACAUAGCUCAUAUUCAAUGUUUUUUGAGUUUGAAAUUGUUUUGCAAUCUUUAACACAUAAUUUAAAAAUAAAGAGAUUGUAUUGUCAGAAAACUACCCAUCAGUUCAACCUUAAU